AUGGACAACACCGGACAGCGCUCCAAGUUCGACAUGGCGAGCCUAUUAGGCUCGGACACAGGUCAUGUAAACUCACAGACACCAAACCAGCAACUACCGCCACUUGCCUCCGUGUUACAAAAGAGAAACGACGGUGUGUCAAGAUCUAUAACAGCGCCGCUGUUAUCAACACAGAUCAUGAAACAAGAGUCUCAUCUUUCAGUAAAGGCACCAGAGCCGAGAAUAACAAAUGGAUCGACGAAGCGGCGGUCAUCUGAGUGCGAGGACGAGAAAGAUGCGUCGACACCCACGUCGAAGCGGUGUCGGGGCAAGUGGCGUAAGCCCACGUACCUCGUCCGAAAGGAAGAGAAAUGUGAGUUAUUGGAACAUAUCAAGGAGCUGGAGAGUCAGGUGUCAUUUCUACAGAACCGCACCAACAUCGUGGCAUGGCAGAAAAAAGAUCGUCAACAAAUCGAGACUGAGAUCAAGAACCACGUGUUGCGCACCUCGAACUUGGUGGAGAGACGCACUCAGUUUAUGACCGAGGCGCAGGGUCUCAAAACAGUCGCAGAGGCCUUCAAGUUCAUCCAGUUCCACAUUAAACACAUGCACACUAAACCUACGACAUCCAAGUACAUAUGUACGAGCGAGUUGGGCGCUGAAAAGAACAUCAUGCAUCGUCGUCUCAUCAUCUCCGAGGUCGAGAAUGUGGCAACAGAGACCAACUUUGUCAUGUUCUCGGAGCAGUGGCCAGGUGCGAACCGCCAUGGCAUGUGUGGAGAUACGGAUAAGGCAUUCGACCAAGGUGUCAUGGUCACGAACUUUGUGGACGAGGACGACUUGUAUCCGUACCGCCCGCAGAACUGUGUCCGCUUGGAUCUCAGCGGUGUUAUGGCGCUUAGAUCUUAUCGAAAGCUUGUUAAAACGCCGAAGGGAGAGGACAAGGAGGUGUCUGCAGUGGUUCUUACACGGUGGAUGCUGCAGAAGUUGCGUCACACUGAGCUACCGGUGCCAAAGCACGUGCUACAGACCAUGCGUGAUCGCAUCAACGAGCCGGGCAAUGCUAUUCUCCGCGCCGUGAAGAAAGCACGCGCAGGCGUCCAGCUCGAAGCCAACGACAUUAAGGUGCUGAGCGUGUAG